UGAUACAUAUUUUGUAUUUGACCCCCUCAUGCAAUUCCUGUCUGUAGUUAUGUUGGCGGAUUUUAAGAGUCUUCUUCGAGCCAACAAACAUUGAGCCAUCCGAAAAACCAUUCAAAGCAAAGCGGCUCUAUUGGCCAGCUCUGAAGUUUGUGUCACCAAACAUAAAAGAAGCGCAACGUAUGGUCGAAUUCCUAGAAUCAACCACCAAUCAAAAUAACUUUUCGAACGCCGUCGAAGAAGCAGUCUACUAUACAAAAAAGUUGCUAACGUAUGUCGAUAACGUUAUUAUAACAAUGGGAAAGCACGGAGUUAUGGUUGGACGGAAAAGGGGAUCGGCGUUGGACGAGUUUCUCAACAUUCCUCAAACUCCUGCAAGUGAGUCACCACAACAGAUUCGUCAUUACAAAUCCCCUGAUGUGUCGCACAUCGAGAGCGUCAGUGGCGCCGGAGACUGUUUUGCAAGUGGAUUCAUCGCUGCACUGCUAGCAGGCAAAUCCGAGAACAUCUGCGUUUCUGUCGGUUUUGCAGCGGCUAAAAUGGCAUUGCAAACCAGAAGCCCUGUUCCUGAUAAGUUGUUUGGGCAAGACCAUGAAGCAUGGAAAACACCAGUUGACUACAAAACCUUCCACUGAAUGACAGAUCGGAUUUCGAAGGGUUUAAUAAAGGAUCACUGCCCUCAAUACCACAUCAUAUUUAGAGCGGGUACUGAAAAAGUUAUAUGUUUUACGUUAAAUAUAAAUAGGUACCUCAUUUUGAAAAAUAAUAUUCAUUAUUCAGGACACUACUAUAUUUUAUAAUUGAGUAGUGGUUCUGGAAUGGCAAAAUGUGAUUGUCCUUUUUGAUAUUUCAUGGGUAUGAAUCGUUUUUUGCAACAAAAUAAAAUUAUAUACACAUUUAAUAAGCUGUAUAUAAAACU